AUGAGGAGAGGUAAGGAGGUAAGAGUCGGUGCAAAGUGUAAGCACUGCAAGAAACUCUACUAUGGUCUUAGCUCUGGUGGCACUGGACACUUGACUAGGCACAUUCCUAAAUGUCCAGUGUUGAAAGGGCGCCAUUCUAGUGGUGCUCAAUCUUUGCUUCAGUUCAAUUCUGAUGGAUCUGUUGCUAAUUGGGAGUACAGUCCUGAGGUUGCUAGAGUUCAAUUGGUUAGGCUUAUUGCUAGACUUGAUCUGCCUUUAGGAUUUGAGAAAAGGAUACUUGGCAUGAGGUUAAUCGAUUGCUCACACAAUGCUGAAAGUAUUGUUGAACGUGUUGCUUGUGUUGCAUCUGAUUAUGGCAUAUCUGAUAAGAUAUUUUCUAUUACUCUUGAUAAUGCAUCUGCAAACACUAAAGCCAUGGGACAAUUAACUCCUUUGCUAUCUGGUUAUGUUGGUUCUUUACUGUUGCAUCAGAGAUGUGCUUGCCAUAUUAUUAAUCUGAUAGUUAUGUCUGGACUUGAUUCAUUCAAGGAUAUGUUGACUAACUUUAGAACUGCUAUAUCAUUCUUGAAUGCAUCUAAUCAACGCAUUGCUGCCUACAAGAGUUAUUGCAUUGCUAUGGGUGUUAGGCCUAGAAAAUUUGAUUUGGAUAUGGAUUUUCAUGAUUCCACAGUUGUUCUAUCUGGUGUUUAUUAUCCAACCUCUCCAUUAAUCUUGCAUCAUGGUUUUGAGAUUGCUAGUCAUUUGAAUGAGUACCAGUUUGAUAAUGAUCUAAGGUUUGUUGUUAACCCCAUGAAAGAUAAGUUUCUAGCCUACUGGUCUGAUAUACCUAUGUUGUACUCCUUUGCAUUUAUUUUGGAUCCAAGGGCUAAGAUAAAGGGUUUUACCAGUGUGCUUAGACUACUAUCUAGAUUCAAUGAUAUUGAUUACUCCUCUUAUUUAACUGAGGUAAGAGCUGAACUGUCUGAGAUUUACAAAAAAUAUGAAACUAAGUUUGGUUCAAUGAGAGUGCAGAGGCCUACUCAACCAGUCACUACUGGUAAGAAGAAGUAUUCAUGGGGUAAGAUAUUUGCUUAUGAUGACGGUAGGUCUGGUAACUUGAGUUCUGAAUCUUUGGUUCAUUCUAUGCUUGGGUUUGGUUCUGGUGCUACUGGUUCUUGUUCUAGUGCUAGUGCUGCCUCUUUGUCCAGGAGAGGUUCAUCUGCUAGUGCUUUACUCCAGGCAGCACAAGCAGGUUCAUCUCUUGCUGGCUCUGAGCUAACUAGCUACCUUGACAGUGACACAGUUAACUUUUUUGAUGAGGACUGGAGUGUUUUAUCUUGGUGGCGAGAUCACAAACUAACUUAUCCUGUUUUAUCCAUCUUGGCUAAAGACAUCUUCACUGUUCCUAUUUCUACUAUUAGUUCAGAGUCUGCUUUUAGCACCACUGGCAGGAUCGUUGAGGAGCGACGUAGAAGCUUGGGAUCUGACAUGGCGGAGAUGCUAGCACUCCUGAAAGACUGGGAGCAAGGCGAUGCAAGGAUGCAACACACCGUGGAAGACAAGGAGCUGGAGGCGGCAUUUCAGGAUCUGUUCCUUGAUGACGACAACAAUUCGGCUGGAGCUGGAGCAUGA